UCUGGACUCGCCUACUUAGGGAUUGCCUUGUUGGUUUGCGGAAAUCAACCGGCCGUCUCGCCUCUCCAAAUUUUAUCCAGUCACAUCGAAGAUUCUCAGGCGCCAAUGAGCUCCGCGCCUGACAGGGAGCGAGCGGAGUGAGCGGGCGUGGCUUAAGGGAGGACCACGCCCUUCUCUGUGACUCCACCUUUGGCCUCCUAGCGUUUUCCAACGAUGGUGUCCCCAGGAGAUCAAAACUUCUGCGUCACAGCUGGGGACUGGCUUCGUGGUCCCUGAUGGGAGAGCAUGAACAGGUGGUAUGCGGUAGUGAAUCGGGUGACUGGAGGGGUGUUAGAUUGACAGAACAAGGGGCAGGGCUAAUAGCAAUGGUUACACCCCCAAGCUCGAAAAAUUCUCUGGCGAAGCGGAAAGCAGAAGAUUCAGUUGGGGUUGGGGUGGGGGGCAGGCACGGUUGGGGACCUUCUGGUGGUGAAGCUCAGAAAUGCCUCUUUGCUUUCCCGCUCUAAUCGUCUAGGGUAUCUGUGGUCCUCAGUGACCCUCUUUUGGCUGGCCUAUCCCAGGACUCUGACUACUGUGUCUCUCAUCUCUGCUCACCUCCCUCACUCUCCAUCACAACUUGGCCUGCUAAGGAGAGGGGGCCCUCCUCAGACAAGGCUUUGGACUGUAUGACCCACUGGUUCAGGAGUUUGGAGCCUGAGAUCAUCACUACUGCUUCCGAACAAGCAGGGAAGUCUGGGGCCUGGCAGAAGGAGUGGGACUCAGAACCUCAGCCUCAUGAGGCUACGUCCUACUCCAGCUCAGACUUGGGCAAGGACCAUUAUCAUGACCAGGACCUUGUGAAGAGGAACCACAGCAUAGCCAAGAAGUCCCUGGAGCCGAACUCUGCCAAAGUAAAAGUUAAGAACACCAUGCUAAUUUCUGACUCUCAGAAGCUCUUGAGAUGUGAACUGGAGUCUCUCAGGACCCAGCUGCAGGCUCAGAGCAAGGCUUUUGAGUUCCUGAAUCACUCGGUGACUAUGCUGGAGAAGGAGAGCUGCCUACAACAGAUUAAGAUCCAGCAGCUUGAAGAAGUGCUGAGCCCUACGAGCCGUCAAGGAGAGAAGGAUGGCCGUAAGAGGAGCACAGAGCACGGCCUCCAGGAGCUGUAUGGGGCCCUGGCUCAAGGCCUGCAGGGGUUGCAGAAGACACUGAAGGAAGGCGAGGAGCUGCAACGGAGCCGAACCACUCGCUGCCUGCAGCUGUUGGCUCAGGAGAUCCGAGACAGCAAGAAGUUCCUGUGGGAGGAACUGGAGCUGGUGCGGGAAGAGGUGACUUUCAUCUAUCAGAAGCUCCAGGACCAGGAGGAUGAGAUCUCAGAGAAUCUCCUGAAUAUCCAGAAGAUGCAGAAAACACAGGUGAAAUGCCGCAAGGUUCUGACCAAGAUGAAGCAGCAGGAGUGUGAUUUAUCUUCAUGGCCAGAGGCUGAGGGGGUGCCCGCAGAAGGCAGUGGUUGCUGUAAGGAUGACCUCCAGAGGGAGCUGGGUGACAUAUGGUCUGCUGUUCACAGUCUGCAGAGCUCCAUCGACUGUCUUGCUUUGUCCAUGGGCGCCAGACCCAGGGCCUCCAGUCUCAGGGACCAGAAAGGACACCAGUGCCAGAGUUCUCAGUGCCCAUCCUGGGACUCGGAUUCUGACUGGGAGAGACCUUUCAGCAAGAGUGGAUCCUAUCCUCCUGGUACAGACCCUACUCAGCCCCUCUUUAUCCCUUAUCAUCUGGCCCACUUGUGACUCCCACAGUGUAAACCUUGAGGCUGGCACUCUGUCUGGGCAUUUGGUCCCUGAGUUCUCCUGGUUCAAACCAGACCACGACCUACCUUCUCUCCCUGUAGCUUGAGCAGCUGGGACUGCUUGCCCUGAAGACCCCUCCAGAGAGAAAAUAAACUAGCUGAGACCCUCCUCCUUCCUGGACUUUUGCACCUGCUGGUUCAAGAGUCUGGGAUCCUCCCCAUGCCAACCCCAAAUAACUAUAAUCU